AUGCAGGGCGGUGUCGUGGCCCAUGCCGCCGCCGCCGCGGCGGCCGCGUCGACGGUGACCACUGCGGUGGCGCCUCCGGUCCCGGCGCACGCGGCUGUGGUGGGCAACGGUGGGGCGGCGGCCGCCGCGCCGCCGCCGCCGUUCCUCAUGAAGACGUACGAGAUGGUGGACGACCCGGCCACGGACGACGUCGUGUCCUGGGGCCCCGGGAACAACAGCUUCAUCGUCUGGAACACGCCCGAGUUCGCCAGGGACCUCCUGCCCAAGUACUUCAAGCACAGCAACUUCUCAUCGUUCGUCAGGCAGCUCAACACCUACGGGUUUAGAAAGGUUGAUCCAGACAGAUGGGAAUUUGCAAAUGAGGGUUUUCUGAGAGGACAAAAACAUCUGCUGAAGACUAUCAACAGAAGGAAACCAUCCUUGCAGGGGAACAGCCAACCACAGCAACCUCAGUUGCAGAACGCUCCUGUGCCUUCCUGUGUAGAGGUGGGUAAGUUUGGGUUGGAGGAAGAGAUUGAACGGCUGAAAAGGGAUAAGAAUGUUCUUAUGCAAGAGCUUGUCAGGCUGAGACAGCAACAGCAAACAACUGACCAUCAGCUGCAGACUUUGGGCAAGCGUCUUCAAGGGAUGGAGUCACGGCAGCAACAGAUGAUGUCUUUCCUGGCUAAGGCAAUGCAAAGUCCUGGUUUCCUAGCACAGUUUGUACAGCAAAACGAGAACAGCAGAAGAAGAAUAGUAACUGCAAACAAGAAAAGGCGGCUACCCAAGCAAGAUGGUGGCCUAGACUCCGAAAGUGCUGCUGGUUCGUUGGAUGGUCAAAUUAUCAAGUAUCAGCCUUUGAUCAACGAAGCAGCCAAAGCAAUGCUAAGGAAGAUCCUAAAGCUAGACUCUUCGCAUAGGCUUGAAUCUAUGGGCAAUUCAGAUAAUAAUAAUUUUCUGCUGGAGAAUUAUAUGCCAGCUGCUCAAGCUUUUGAGAGUUCUUCGUCAACAAGAAAUUCUGGGGUCACCCUUGCAGAGGUUCCAGCUAACUCGGGUUUGCCGUAUGUCAGCGCAAGCUCUGGACUGUCAGCCAUCUGUUCUCCUUCAGUGGCUCCUGAAAUCCAAUGCCCAGUUGUGCUGGACAACAAGUCGUCUAACCAAGUGCCCAACAUGAGUGCUGUGCCUCCUGUUUCAAAGCCUAUAACAGCAGGCUCGAGUGACAUGAGUAUUCCAGAAUUCUCAGAUCUGGCAGACUUGGUAAAUGAAGACUCUGUCAAUAUUCCUGGAGGAGCCUUUGAGAUGCCUGGUCCUGAGUUUCCCCUGCCAGAAGGUGAUGACAGUGUCCCCAUCGAUACUGAUGAGACCAUGUACAACAACGACGAGACUCAGAGCCUUCCCGGCAUCAUCGACUCCUUCUGGGAGCAGUUCCUGGUAGGCAGCCCUUUAUCCACCGAUAAUGAUGAAGUUGAUUCAGGCGGACUAGAUACAAGGGGGGCACCGCAGGAGAAUGGAUGGAGCAAAGUGGGGAACAUUUCUAAUCUUACAGAACAGAUGGGCCUUCUAUCAUCAACAAAUCACCGGGACUCAGGGAAUGGGCUGUAA